UUACCUCAGAUUUUCCUCAUUGGAUCUCCAUGAGAGGUAUUAUUGUGUGUUUGUUAUUUUUCUGAACGAAAAAUAGCAGGUGAAUUGUGUGCUAAAGUGCAAUUUUUCCUCAUUAAUGUCCCCCUCGGUGUCCAGUUUGUGGAUUUGUGUGUGCACUUUGGGUGAAAUUGAGGGGUGAAAGUGGGAAAAGUCCCGUGUUUUUAGUGUUAACACGAGAUGGCAACAAAACAAAUGACAGCGUGAAAAUUGAUCUUACAGCGCUAUUUCUCAAGGAAAAUACCGAUAAAAAUAGAUAAAUUCUGUGUUGUCUAGUGCAUAAGGUAAUUAAUCCUUCACGCUGAAUGGUGCUUUUUGUCAAGAAAACCCACAACUCUUCACCAUGAUUGGACUCAACAGGAUGACAUCGACGUCGGGAAAGCGAAAAGAGAUCUAUAAAUAUGUUGCCCCAUGGCCUCUGUACUCGAUGAACUGGAGCGUCAGGCCGGACAAGCGUUUCCGGCUGGCGCUCGGGAGUUUUGUGGAGGAGUACAACAAUAAAGUGCAAAUAAUCAGUCUCGAUGAGGAUACCAGUGAAUUUACGGCCAAAAGUAUCUUUGAUCAUCCCUAUCCAACCACUAAGAUCAUGUGGAUUCCAGACUCAAAGGGCAUCUAUCCGGACCUCUUGGCCACAAGUGGUGAUUACCUGAGAGUCUGGCGAGCCGGUGAACCCGAUUCCCGGCUCGAAUGUGUCCUCAAUAACAACAAAAAUAGCGAUUUUUGUGCUCCUCUGACGUCGUUUGACUGGAACGAAGUUGAUCCCAAUCUCGUUGGCACCUCCUCCAUUGACACCACUUGCACCAUCUGGGGCCUGGAGACCGGACAACCCAUCGGCAGGGUGAAUAUGGUCACGGGGCACGUGAAGACGCAACUGAUUGCCCACGACAAGGAAGUCUAUGACAUUGCAUUCUCACGAGCAGGAGGCGGAAGGGACAUGUUUGCGUCUGUUGGAGCCGAUGGAUCUGUCAGGAUGUUCGAUCUCAGGCACCUGGAACACUCCACUAUCAUUUAUGAGGAUCCAGCACAUACGCCACUUCUGAGACUAGCCUGGAACAAACAGGACCCCAACUAUUUGGCCACAGUUGCAAUGGAUUCGUGCGAAGUGAUAAUCCUGGACGUUCGUGUUCCUUGCACUCCCGUCGCCCGGCUCAGCAAUCACCGAGCGUGUGUCAAUGGCAUCGCUUGGGCGCCCCACAGCUCCUGCCACAUUUGCACAGCCGGCGAUGAUCAUCAGGCUCUGAUUUGGGACAUUCAGCAGAUGCCACGAGCCAUUGAAGAUCCCAUUUUAGCGUACACAGCUGCCGAGGGAGAAGUGAAUCAAAUUCAAUGGGGCGCUACGCAACCAGACUGGAUUGCAAUUUGCUACAACAAAGCCUGCGAAAUUCUUCGGGUCUAACUCAAGUAUCAAUUCUCCAAAAAUUCUGGAGAUAGUUUUGAUUUGGAUAAUUAAAGAAAACCUACAUAGAGGUCUUUUUUUUCAUAGAAUUUACAGAAAAUCCUAUACAAUAGAGAUAACGUGAGGUAUUGGUAAAAUUCUUGGUAUACACUACUCUCCACUACCAAGAGUUUAGUGAAUGAGAUAGAGGGAAAAAAAAGAAAGGACUUAACUCACAAUUCUCUCUGUUGUAAUUUAUUACUUUUGCAGGAGAGAAAAAUUUGACGAGUGAAAAUUUGUGUUCGCGUUUGCAUUUCUUGUUCAUUAUUUUUUCCCCCCAAAUUAACAAAUGUUGCAAAAAAACGAAGAAGAAAUUGCAGAGAAGGAUGAGAGACAAAGAUAGAGAAAAGGCAGGAGGAACUGGAAGAAAAAAAAAGAAGAUAAAAAGCGAAAAAAUGGAGACAAACAGAAUUUUUUACGAAUAAUAUUUCGAAAUACAUUUUAAUGUAGAAGGAACAAAAAAAAAAUAAUGAAAGAAGAAAACAAAAACAUAAUUUAUUGAGUAAGUGUUAAGUUAGAGAAUUUUUCUUAGACUUUCAUUCUCCACUAAAUAGAUUCCCGAGGAAACUAAGCAAAAUCAUAGAAUAUGGUUUUUUUUUUAAUUCAAUAAAAUAGAAAAUUACGCAUAAAAAAAACAGAUGUUAUUGAGAGAGUAAAUGGUAAAAAUCGAUAAGAAAUCAUUCUAAAUUGUCAAGAUAAGCAGUGUAAUUUAUUGUCAUUCUUCCCAUUUAAUUAGGCUACUUCUACCUCCUUUCACACUUCCUUACAUAGUAAGAUAUUCCUUUCAUUGAUUAGACUUAUAAUUGAAAGUUAAAAAAAAAGCAAAAAAAAAAGGGAAACAGAAAAAAGGAUCAUUCAAAAAUCAUGUAAUUGCUAAUUUUCAUGAAUAUCUUGCAAAUCAUUUCCUUUCUAUAAGAUUUAAUUCUUGUCAUACAGAAGCAUUAGAAUAUUAAAAAAAAGAAGAAAAUAAGAAAGAAAAUAAAGGCAGAGUAGAAUUUUUAAGA